GCGCUGGGCUGAGAUCCGGAAAUCCGGGCGGAUCCUUGCUGCGUGGUCCUUGUCUGGCGUCGUUGUUCUUCCAGCAGCUCUCGGAGGCUCUGCCAGAAGUGCAGGUCUGCCUUCCUCAAGUUGCUGCCUUUAUUCCAAGCUCAUCUUAUCACCAUGAUGAAGCUUAGACACAAGAACAAAAAACCAGGUAAAGGUUCCAAAGGCUGUAAGAAGAAUGGGAAGAAAGCGGCACCCCGACCACCCUCUGCUCCCCAGGUUGUUCACGGUAAUGAUCAUGCCAGCCGAGAGGCCGAAUUAAAGAAGAAAAGGGUUGACGAGAUGAGGGAGAAGCAACAGGUUGCCCGGGAGCAAGAGCGACAAAGGCACAGGACCAUGGAGAGCUAUUGUAAGGAUGUCCAGAAACGUCAGGAGGAGUUUGAACAUAAGGAGGAAGUUUUGCAGCAACUAAAUAUGUUUCCUCCGUUGGAUGAUGAGGCCACACGGAGGGCCUAUUACAAGGAGUUUCGUAAGGUGGUAGAGUACUCUGAUGUGAUUCUGGAAGUUCUGGAUGCUAGAGAUCCGCUGGGCUGCCGCUGUUUCCAGAGGGAGGAGACUGUCCUUCGGGCAGAGGGCAACAAGAAGCUAGUGUUGGUCUUGAAUAAGAUUGACCUGGUUCCCAAGGAGAUUAUAGAAAAAUGGCUGGAUUACCUUCGAAAUGAGCUGCCAACUGUGGCUUUCAAGGCCAGCACCCAGCAUCAGUUCAGAAACUUGACUCAGUGUAAAGUUCCAGUGGACCAGGCUUCUGAUUCGCUGUUGAAAAAAAGCAGAGCCUGCUUUGGAGCUGAAAACCUCAUGAGGGUCUUGGGAAACUAUUGCCACCUGGGGGAAGUGCGCACCCACAUUCGAGUCGGGGUUGUAGGCCUUCCCAAUGUGGGGAAGAGCAGCCUGAUCAAUAGCCUGAAGCGCAGCCGUGCGUGCAGUGUGGGAGCUGUUCCUGGCGUCACAAAAUUCAUGCAGGAGAUCUUCUUAGACAAGUACAUCAGGCUGCUGGAUGCUCCAGGCAUUGUCCCAGGACCCAAUUCAGAGGUGGGCACCAUCCUGCGGAAUUGCAUCCAUGUGCAGAAGCUGGCAGACCCCGUGACCCCAGUGGAGACCAUCCUUCAGCGCUGCAACCUGGAGGAGAUUUCCAGCUAUUACGGUGUCUCAGGAUUCCAGACUACUGAGCACUUUCUGACCGCAGUGGCCCACCGCUUGGGAAAGAAGAAGAAGGGAGGCAUAUACAGUCGUGAGGAGGCUGCCAAAGCUGUCCUGGCUGACUGGGUGAGUGGGAAGAUCAGCUUCUAUACACCACCGCCACCUACUCACACUCUGCCCGCCCAUCUCAGUGCUGAGAUUGUGAAGGAGAUGACUGAGGUCUUUGAUAUCGAAGAUACUGAGCAUGCCAAUGACGACACCAUGGAAUGCUUGGCCAAUGGAGAAGCCGAUGAGCUGUUGGGUGACACGGACCCAGAAGAAAUGGACUUCAAGUGGCUCCAUUCUCCGUUGGUGAAAAUAGCAAAUGCUAUUGAAAAUAGAGCCACCGAAUACAAGAUUGGAGACCACACUGGGUAUUGUACCAUUCCAAGGCGCCACCAGAUGGGGUGGCCUAAACGCAAUGUGGACCAAUACUUCCCCCCAAACGAUGAUCCAGUGGAAAUCUGGACAGUGGACCGCCGCCCAAUGUUGCAGAGGAUCCUGGAGACAGACCCACUUCAGCAAGGCCAGGCUCUGGCAUCUGCCUUGAAGAAUAAGAAAAAAUUACAGAAGCGUUCAGAGAAAAUCGCCAAUAAGUUGUCUGACUCCAUGAUGUCGAUGCUCGACCUCUCUGGCAACUGCGACGAUACUGCUGGCGACGACAAUGCUGGCAACGACACUGCUGGCGACUGAUGAGCUGACCUUCCCUCCUGCUGCAAACACUGUUUCCUAUGGGAUGGGAGAAUACGGAUGGCGUUUGAUUCUCCCUGAUGUACCUACAUAGUAGAAGAACACCCCCACACCAUCUGUCUUCUGCCACGGUGCCCUCCAUUCUCAUCAGUUAAGAGUCUCAAAGAUCUGGAGCUGCCAGACCCUAAUACCCUCUUAGUUCUUAUGUCCUUAGAAAUGACAUUUUGUUUGUUUUUGUGGUGCCAAGGAUUGAACCUAAUAGGUCCUCACGCAUAUUAGACAAACAUCUAUUACCAAGCUGUAUUAUUAUUAUCAUUAUCACCAUCCGUUAUUAUCAUUGGAGAAAGAUUCUUGCUAUGGAUCCCAUUCUGCUUACUCAGCCUCUCAAGUAGUAGGAUUACAGGCUUUUGCCACCAUUCCCGGCUCCCACUGUGUUUUACAACGUAAUAUCAACAGAGUCUUGGCAUGGUAGCUACAUACCUAUAAACCUGACUCUUGGAAGACUGAAGCUAGGAGGAUUGCCUAAGUUAAAGGAGAGCCUGGACUAUCUGGCAGAACCUUUUCUUAACCUACAGCCCAAAACAAAUAGUAGAGUUUGGGCUGUGCUGGCGCACACCUUUAAUCCAACCACUUGGGAGGCAGAG